AUGGACUUUUAUGAAGAAUAUUUAGAGCCAAGCUUUAGGUCUGAAAACUUGACUGUAAAUCGUUUAAAGGAGAUCCUAAGACGGCAUAAUGUCAAUUUCCGGCCAACCAGCAAGAAAGCAGAGCUUUUACAGCUAUUUGAAGAAAAAAUUCGAAAUAAUUUUGAAAAUCCACAAAUUUUGACAGAAGACUGGGCCGUUAGACGAGGAAACCAAACGCCUGAUAAUAAUGCGAGAUCGCGUCCGACACGUCAAGUUUUUAAUAACAGGUUACAACAACACUCACCAAAAACAGUUGCCAGGACUUCAUUAGAGAAUCAUUUUAUUUUGCAAUCAUCAAGCAUUGGUGAUGAUGAUGGUGACGAAACAAUCGUAUCAAAUUUAUCUUAUCAAGAACAAAUACCGUCGAAAAAAAUCAAUGAUUCAUCUAUAACUAAUGAAUCAUCACCACCACCAUCAUUUAUCAAGGUGAAUGAACAAUCUACUACAAUAAUUCAGGAAGAUUCACUGCCAUUAUCACCACCACCAAUUCAUGGUAAUGAACCACCAUUAUCAUUUUCGAUUCCUCCAGACACACCAACUACUGCUUCUUCAUCGUCACAAGUUAUCAACAGAAAUAUAUUUAGCGAGUCACGUUAUGAUAUUCCCAAAUAUUGUUGGUUUGGAACCGAAAUUAAUAAAAACCACUACAACAAACGAACAAAUCGGAUACCGAGUCGCAAAGUAUUACGUGAAUCAGAAAGAGCUCAAAGAAAUAAAGUAAUCAAAAACAUUUUCUUGGUCAUUUUCAUGAUGCUAUUAAUUUAUCAUAGAAUUAAAAAUUAUGCAGGAUAUUGUGAUAAUAUUAGUAAUGACGAUGGUUAUGAUAAGAAUGAUUUUUUAAAAAAUCAUGCCUGCACACCAUGUCCUGAUUCAUCGAAUUGUAUUCAUGGUAAAAUAGAAUCAUGUGCAGAUGGUUAUCGACUUUUGAAAUCAGAUUUUUCUAUUUAUGAUAUGACAUCAACUUACUGUGAAGCUGAGAUGGGAGUCGAAGAAAAAAUCAAAUAUUAUUCUGAAGCACUUAAAAAAGCUGCCGUUCUUCAACAUGAAAACCUAGUAUGUAAUAAUGAAAGUGGAGAAACAACAAGCUUGAAAAAUCUUAAAUCCAAGAUUAAGUAUAAAGAUUCUGAUGAGGAACCCGAAAAACUUGUUGAAUGUGGGUUUGAAGAAUUGAAUAGUGAUCCUGAUCUCAAGAUUGAAUCUACAAACAAACCUCAUAAUCAAGCAGUGAUAAUUCUUUUUCCCUAA